UCAAAAUCUUUCAACUCAGUUGGCAACUGCGGUAGGCGAAUCUAUGAAAGAUGCUAUGUUGGAGUCGAUUAAAAAACGACUAUCUAUAUAUGAGCUACACACGGUAACAAGGAUCGCUACGAUUUUGGAUCCUCGCUUUAAAAAAGAUGGGUUUCAAUCAAACGCAAAUGCUGAACAAGCAGCAAGUUUCCUGGAAAAUGAUUUGGUCAAUUUGGGCAAUUUGGAUCAGUUUGAAGACCCUGACAACUUGAGUGUGGAAGCAAGCACGACCACUAAGGACCCACUCUUUGAUUUUUUAAACCAACGAGGCGCUACUAAAAAGAGGAAUGUCCGAUCUGAUGCAAUCAUAAUUAAAAGGCAGUAUCUGGAGAGAGACAUUGCCAUACAAGAAAUGGACCCUCUUUUGUGGAUCAAGGUCAAGCAGGCGGAUUUUCCUUUAUUAAAAUCACUGAUGUUUAAAUAUUUAUGCAUCCCCGCAACGUCUGUGGAGUCGGAAAGAGUUUUUAGCAAGGCGGGACAAAUUGUUUCGGAUAGGCGAACACGCCUUAAAGAAGAAAAUGUGAACGCUUUGCUGUUUUUGAACAAAAAUCUUUCGCUACAAUAAAAAUAAAUGUAAAUAUCUCUAUUAAAUAUUAAA